CUCUCUCUCUCUCUCUCUCAUUACACGUUUGGUUGCAGUGAGUCAGUCACCAAAAUGGCGGCGGCUACCUCCUUCUCUCCCUCCGUGGCGGCUUCCUCAUCUUCUUCGAAAACCCUAAAGCCAUCCCCGAAAAGCCUAGGUAGCAAUCUAGGGUUUCUUUCUUCAUCGUCUUCGAAAACAGCCCUAAAGCCUCUCAAAGCUCGGGUCUUUACUAGCAAUAAUGCUGGUUCAGGCUCAGGCUCAACUCUCGGGGCUCGGAUGGUCUCUAUGCCUGCGAUCAAGUCGCCAAUGUUGCUCGAUUUCGAGACCUCUGUCUUCAAGAAGGAGAAGGUCACUCUAGCUGGUCAUGACGAGUUUAUCGUGAGAGGAGGGAGGGAUUUGUUCCAUUUGCUGCCUGAUUCGUUCAAGGGUAUCAAGCAAAUUGGUGUUAUCGGUUGGGGAUCUCAGGGCCCUGCUCAAGCUCAAAAUCUAAGGGAUUCUCUUGCAGAAGCUAAAUCCAAUAUUGUGGUCAAGAUAGGUCUUCGGAAGGGUUCUCGUUCAUUUGCGGAAGCUCAUGCUGCUGGUUUCACUGAAGAGAGUGGAACACUAGGCGAUAUAUGGGAAACUAUAUCAGGCAGUGAUUUGGUGUUGCUCUUGAUUUCUGAUGCUGCACAGGCUGACAAUUAUGAGAAAAUAUUCUCCCACAUGAAGCCAAAGAGUAUUCUUGGGCUUUCCCAUGGAUUUCUUCUUGGCCAUUUGCAGUCAAUGGGCCUGGACUUCCCCAAAAACAUGAGUGUGAUAGCUGUGUGUCCCAAGGGAAUGGGUCCAUCUGUGAGAAGACUCUACGUUCAAGGCAAAGAAAUUAAUGGUGCAGGAAUUAAUUCCAGUUUUGCGGUCCACCAGGAUGUUGAUGGCAGAGCCACUGAUGUUGCCCUUGGAUGGUCGGUUGCCCUUGGUUCUCCUUUUACAUUUGCCACUACACUAGAGCAGGAGUACAAGAGUGACAUAUUUGGAGAGCGAGGUAUCUUACUUGGUGCUGUGCACGGGAUUGUUGAGUCCUUGUUUAGAAGAUAUACUGAAAAUGGAAUGAGCGAAGAUCUGGCUUACAAGAAUACUGUUGAGUGCAUAACAGGGAUAAUUUCAAAGACCAUUUCAACUAAGGGCAUGUUGUCUGUGUACAAUUCUCUUUCAGAAGAUGGCAAAAGGGAGUUCGAGGCUGCAUAUAGUGCCUCGUAUUAUCCCUGCAUGGACAUCUUAUACGAGUGUUAUGAAGAUGUAGCUACUGGCAGUGAGAUCCGGAGUGUUGUCUUGGCUGGGCGUCGCUUUUAUGAAAAGGAUGGUCUACCAGCUUUCCCGAUGGGUAAAAUUGAUCAGACGCGGAUGUGGAAAGUAGGUGAACGAGUUAGAGCAGUACGGCCAGCAGGCGACUUAGGCCCAUUAUAUCCCUUCACUGCAGGUGUCUUUGUGGCAUUAAUGAUGGCACAGAUUGAAAUUCUGAGGAAGAAAGGCCACUCCUAUUCGGAGAUCAUCAACGAAAGUGUGAUUGAGUCUGUUGAUUCUUUGAAUCCUUUCAUGCAUGCUCGCGGGGUUUCUUUCAUGGUUGACAAUUGUUCAACAACAGCACGGCUAGGAUCAAGGAAAUGGGCCCCACGUUUUGAUUAUGUUCUUACCCAGCAGGCCUUGGUGGCAGUGGAUAAUGGAGCUUCCAUCAACCAGGACCUCAUCAGCAACUUCCUGUCAGAUCCAGUGCACGGAGCGAUUGAAGUAUGUGCCCAGUUGAGACCUACAGUUGACAUAUCGGUGCCUGCAGAUGCCGAUUUUGUUCGUCCGGAGUUGCGUCAGUCUGGUAACUGAAGUGUUGAAUUAGCUAGAUUUCUUUUGGCGGGCUGUUUGAGAGAGAAGGUUUAUUGAAUGUAGGAGCACUAUUGUUCUAUCUAGUCUGUUUGGAUGCUACUUUAUGUUUGUAGAAGUACUCCUUUUGGCGGGCUGUUUGAGAGAGAGGUUUAUUGAAUCUAGGAGCACUAUCGUUCUAUCUAGUCUGUGUUUGGAUGCUACUUUAUGUUUGUAGAAGUACUCUGUACGUUGUGCUGCUUGCUGAGCGACUGAGCAUGAUAUGUACUUUGUGUUGGUGAUUUUAAAUAAUGAGUUACGAUGAUUAAGUAUUUAA